GAAAAUUAGUUCACUUUCAUGUUAUUCUAAUAGAUAUAUCAAAAAGAAAAGAAUUACGGUUUAAUACACUUAUUUGCAUAUAGAGACUAGAAUUAAAAAGAUGAAAUUGGCAGUUUAUAUACUCAUUUUGAGUGUUUUACUUAUCGGAAAUGCGAAUGCUUUUAUUGUAGAUUGUUUAAGCAUAUGCGGAACAAUCAGCGACCCAGUUGUCUCACUUCACUAUGGCUGUUUCUGUGGAAAUCAUUCGUUGAACGCUGCACAAGAGACGACACUAACAACGAACACAUCAACGUCUGCAGCAACCAUCAGCUCUACAAUCACAUCUAGUGCAACACAGACGACCUUUACAACAGCAGCACCCACCACCGUAAUACAAAGCAAUUCAUCAACAAUUGCAGCACAAGAGUCAACAUUAACACCGAACGCUUCAACGUCUGCAACAACCAUCAGCUCUACAGCACCCACCACCAUAAAAUCUUCAACAAAAACAACAACAUCAACAACUGUUCCAACUACAACAGGAGUAUCGACAUUAUCUAUGUGUGACUAUUUAUGUUCAAUACAAAUGGGUGGGGCGGCGUGUUCAUGUUCAAUACCACUUGUUCCCGGCAGAAAGUAAUUUAUUCAGCCCGAUUUAAUAAUGGAUAAUCAGAAUUUGGCCAUGAAAUAGAUUUAUUUAAAACUUUAGCAACUUGAUCAGUACAGAGUACAGCUAUAUGUGUUGACUGAGUGCUUAAUACAAAUGUACAUGGUUGGUACUCGCUAGGUGUGUUUUUGAAAUUUGAUUUGCCCAACCAAAACAGAGUUAUUUAAGCAUAAGUAUAAAUGAAAUAAACAUAAUUUGUCAUAAGAGUUAUACGAAUAUAUGAAGUAUUGUAUGUUAUUUGUCAAAGAUGUGCAUUUAUCGUUACAUAUUAGCCGAAAUUUAUUAGAAAAGUAUUGUUACCUCCCUUUGCCCAUAUUGGUUGCGCAGAGAUAGAUUGGAAAUGAAUAAAUGUGUUUUCAAGCUACAGGUACUUUUAAAACGCAGAUUUUUAAUUGAACUAUUCAAAUAUCUAUCAAAUGAAAAAUGUAGAAUAAGAAAUUAGGCGGUGGUGUGUGGGUGGAUGGGGGUAGGGGGGUAAUACAAUAUACAUUUGUAAUCGAAGUCUAAAUCUCUGUGAUAGGUCUUUUUGUAAUACUGCUCCCCCUAUUUCAUUUUCUUGUUUGCAUUACGGACAUAUUAGAUUAGAAAUAAAUGUAUAAAUAUUAUUUGAAUCGGUUCUACAAUGCAUGAAAUAACUAACUCCGACUACCCCCUCGUGGCGUCUAGCUUUUGAUAUAAAGGUAAAGGUCUUGUUUAUUAUAGUGUCACCCCUAUUGAAAGGGCCAGCCAAUUUGGCCUAUGAGACACCUUUAUUGUGCGUACCAAUUACCUCCCAACUCCUACCACUAUGUCAGGCGCCAGACGGAUAGAAGUCGGUAACUAUUCAUUUAACUAGCUCGCGGCUCACGAACCGGCCUUUUCGGAACGAGUUCCAUGACAAACAUCCCCCGGACGAACGCUCCCCAUGGGGCUCGAACCUUCGACCUCCCGACCCCUAGGCGGAUGCUUUAACCACUGGGCCACGGUUGACCGAGUCACCGAAACUGUGUUGGUACACCGUCUUCAAAACUUUCUUGCAAGGUCUUUAGGUUGUGUUAAACUAUCCAGACUUCUUUGUUUACAUAGAAUCGAAGCCAAGGUAGUAUGUUCUUGAGGUUCUCUAGUAUUUUGUAAAAAAAGAAAAAUCGACAAAUUUCAAAGCCGAAUUUAUUGAACAACAUGUAUUAAAAAUGAUUGAAAAUUUGAACACCUAUAUGAAGGACAGACAAUUACUGUAGAUAUAGUAUAUGGGUUUGGCCCUCCCCAGAUUGCGAUGAAUAAAACUUUUAAUUGGAGGCUCGCAUAAUGUAUUUUACUUGAAAUAAACUCAGUAGAGAAACAGAUUGAUUGGUUCAUUGUGUGCACUUUGUGUUCAAACAUCACAUAUAUAUCAAGCCUUACCACAUAUAUUUUUUA